AUUCUUCGCCCCAGUCCUCUCUUCCGGUGUGUGGAUUUUUUACUGCGACUGCGGUUGAGUUAGCUAGGUAGCCAGCUAACUUGGAAUUUGAAAACACUUUGCGACGUUAAGAGGACAUUUCUGAACACAAAAUACGCAACCAUGGCGAUGCAAGCAGCAAAACGAGCCAACAUUCGAUUACCACCAGAGGUAAACAGAAUUCUGUACAUCAGGAAUUUGCCAUACAAAAUCACCGCCGAAGAGAUGUAUGAUAUAUUCGGGAAGUACGGUCCAAUAAGGCAAAUAAGAGUUGGGAACACACCCGAGACGAGAGGAACUGCGUAUGUGGUGUAUGAGGACAUCUUCGACGCGAAGAAUGCCUGCGAUCACUUAUCAGGAUUCAACGUCUGCAAUCGGUAUCUCGUGGUCUUGUACUACAAUGCAAACAGGGCUUUCCAGAAAAUGGACACCAAGAAGAAAGAGGAACAGUUGAAACUUCUCAAGGAAAAAUAUGGCAUCAACACAGAUCCACCAAAAUAGAUAUUUACAUCAGCAUUUGCUUUCUUAUGUACAUCAUUGUCUAGGACGAAACUUUAUUCCUCUGUAAUGCAUUUACAAAGAUCUAACUUGUAUUGUACAUUUUCUUUUUUAUCUGAUUUGAUACCCUGAAAUCAAAUGUGUAUGUUUUGAAACUGG